UUUCUUUUAGUCCCUCCCCUCUCUCCUGUUUUUUGUCUCAGGUUGUCCGACCCAAAAUUUCCCUUUUCCUUUUUCAUUUCUUUCUGAUCUGCUUCAUGCCUUUCACCUGUUUGUAGAAAGUCCUAAGAGAAAACUCAUUAAAAUUUACAGACCCACAUCGAAUCUUCAACCCUUACAAGAUUCUACUUUUCUCUUAAAGCUGUGUUCAGUGAGAAGAACUCAAGAAAGAAAUCUUGUUUUUUUUUUUUUUUUUUUUUGUAGUUGAUGUCUUUCCGUAGCAUAGUUCGUGAUGUGAGGGGUGGAUUCGGGAGCUUAUCGAGGCGGGCGGUUAAUGAUUUGAGUGAUAAUAGUGAGGCGGUGGUCGUGGUUCAAAACAGUCGGUGGGCGAAUCUUCCACCGGAGCUUCUUUUCGAUGUGAUUAGAAGAUUGGAAGAAAGUGAAAGCAGUUGGCCUGGUAGAAAACAUGUUGUUGCUUGUGCUGCGGUUUGUAGAUCGUGGAGAAGUAUGUGUAAAGAGAUUGUUAGAACCCCUGAGUCAUGUGGGAAGCUUACUUUUCCAGUUUCCUUGAAGCAGCCGGGAUCUCGUGAUGGUACCAUUCAGUGUUAUAUUAAGAGGGAUAAAUCCAACUUGACGUACCGUCUAUUCCUUUGUCUUAGUCCCGCAGCUUUGCUUGUAGAAAACGGAAAGUUUUUGCUUUCUGCAAAAAGAAAGCGCAGAACCACGUGCACCGAGUAUGUCAUAUCAAUGGAUCCCGAUAACAUGUCCCGAUCAAGCAGCACUUACAUUGGAAAGCUAAGAUCGAAUUUUCUCGGGACGAAGUUUAUAAUAUACGACACACAGCCUUCACAAUUCAAUGCUAAUGUACCACCACCGGGUCGGUCAAGUCGAAGAUUUCACUCCACGAAAGUCUCACCAAAAGUGCCAAGUGGCAGCUACAACAUCGCCCACAUCACCUACGAGCUUAACGUUCUCGGGACACGGGGCCCACGCAGGAUGCACUGCAUCAUGAAGUCAAUCCCCGCGUCAUCACUCGAGCUAGGCGGCUCAGUCCCCGGUCAACCGGAACUCCUCCCUUCCCACCCCUUAGAAGACUCUUUCAGAAGCAUUUCCUUCUCAAAGUCCCUUGACCGGUCAACCGAGUUCAGCAGCUCGAGGUUUUCCGAAAUCUUGGGUGCCGCCAUAUCAAGCGACGUCCCCGAUAGUGAAAAGUCGAAAUUGCCCUUGGUGUUAAAAAACAAGGCGCCUCGGUGGCAUGAACAGUUGCAAUGCUGGUGUUUGAAUUUCAAGGGACGGGUGACGAUCGCGUCUGUGAAGAACUUCCAGCUGAUCGCCACCCAACAACCGCCAACAGCACCACCACCGCCACCCGCAGCAGCAGGAACGUCGCAGCCGGCUCAACCGGAGCAUGACAAAGUCAUCUUGCAGUUUGGCAAAGUCGGUAAAGACAUGUUCACCAUGGAUUACCGGUAUCCAUUGUCUGCGUUUCAAGCUUUUGCUAUCUGUUUAAGCAGCUUUGAUACCAAACUAGCUUGUGAAUAAAACAAAAAAAAAACACACAAAGAGGUUUAAAAGAUUUUAUUUGGAAUGAUUAACGUUGUCCAGGCGUGUUUUAUGUGAAACUCCGAAGUUUAGCUGCUAUUGUUUGUUAUCCAAUCCUUUAAAACUAUCUAGUGGAAACUUUUAAUGGUUUUUUUUUAUGUUUAAUAAAUAAUAUUUUAAUAUGGUUGAAAAA